UAUAUUGUUUCUAUAGCUGCUUCCUCGAAGUACCUAAUGCGCUGGGAACAGUUUUUGCUCUGGAGGCAUAGACGAAACCAACCAAUCACAUCCCGUUUAGCACUCAUUACCAAACCGAGCGCGGCGCACGUGACUCAACGUCCAACUUCGUCCUCCAGCUUCAUCAUCACCAACCCAUCCGAUCCCCCCCUCACACUCCAAUUGAAGACUGCCGAGUCCGUCAGUCGUCAAAAUGCCUCAAGAUAUGCCCCCAACGGGGGGCUACGGGGCUGUUCAAUACAAGCGUAACAUCCCUGCCCGUGGCUUCCGACCCAUCUACUACCUUGUCGGUAUGCAUAUGUUCAUGGCCUACGGAUACUACAAGCUCUUCUACGGUAUCCGGGAACAACACGAACUCGCCCGUGAAAAGAUCUGGGGCCGUCUCCAUAUCCUCCCCCUCCUCCAGGCCGAGGAAGACCGUGACCAGGUCCGUCGUCACUUCGCCGACAAGGCUCGCGAGCAAGAGCUCCUCGGUUCCGAGACCAAGGUCUACAACUCGGACCGCUUCAUCCGCCCUACAUUCGCCUACACACCGUCGAAGGUUACUCAAUAAGCGGGCUAGAAUAUGUGAUGUGAUGCGUGACUUGGGAGCCAGGGACUUUGUGUGAUAUGAUUUUUUUUUUUUUGGUGGAUCAGGCCUUGGAGUAUGAGAGUGUUGUGAUGUGAUUCAGUGUGGGUUGCGGCUCUGUGAGG